AAGGAAGAAACGAAUGCAUUCAAAGAUUUGGGUACAGGAAACCGUAUAGCUACAAUUCUCAUUUACAUGACCGAGCCCGAAAUUGGUGGUGGUACGGUAUUUACGGAAGUCAAAACGGCUGUGCCUUGCACAAAGAUGACCGAGCCCGAAAUUGGUGGUGGUACGGUAUUCACGGAAGUCAAAACAGCUGUGCCUUGCACAAAGGUUAGUUGUUUUUUCGUUGGAACGUCUUUGCUGCUGUUGUUUUUUUAA